AGACGGCACUACAGUCUUCUAAAAACGUCACUUUAAGGCGUUUGUCCCACCCCUGGGUUAAAUUCUCUUUGCCUAAACUAUAUUUAGCAGUUUUACUGUAGAGGACAAGCUGGCGACUAAAGGACGCUGAUUCAAUUUAACUGACUAAUCAGUAUGGGUUUUAAUGAUGGACAAAUUAUUUUAAAUAGUACCAAUGGAACAUAUUUCCCCGGUCAAACAGUACAAGCUAGAUUAGUUUUUCAACAAGAUAAAGUAAAGAAAUUUCGAGGUAUUUAUGCCAAGAUAAAGGGCAAGUGUAAAGUUCAUUGGACAACAUCUCACACUCGGAAGGGUAGGGAUGGACAUUCAGAGACAUAUCAUGUAACACAUGAGUCUCACGAGGAGUACAUUAAUCAAAAAGUCUAUCUUGUAGGUGGUGAAUCUGGUGAACAUGAAAUAGGAGCAGGCAAUCAUGACUAUUCAUUUCAAUUUAUGCUGCCACAUAAUAUACCAUCUUCUUUUGAAGGCUCCUAUGGACACAUUAGAUAUUCAUUACAGGUGGUGGUUGACCGUGCCUUUAAGCUUGAUCAGGAGUUAACUGAGACAAUAAGGGUGGUUGUGCCUAUUGAUUUGAAUAUUGAACCUUAUUGCAAAGAGCCAAUGCAAUUUGAGUUUCAAGACUCAUACUGUUGUUGUUGCAUGUCUUCGGGAUCAGCAGAAACUGUGGUGAAGCUACCAGUGUCAGGCUACUGCCCUGGGCAGAUCAUACCUGUAGAGGUAGCUAGUCAGAACUCUGGCUCUGUAGAGAUUGAUAAUAUUAAGCUGAUUAUUAAAAAGCAUAUAACAUUCCGUGCCACCACUAAUCCAGACGAAAAGCAUACGGAGGAUGUCAUAGCUGAGAUAAAAAAGGGCCCGGUGCCAGAAAACACAAGCAGAAACUGGAAUGUGGAGAUGGCUGUACCAGAUGUGGAUAUAUUGAAUGUGUCUGCCUGCCGUUACAUUGAUGUGGACUAUGAAUUUGUUGUCAAAGUGUGCCCUGGUGGAUGUCACAGUGACACAGAAGGUUCUAGACGAUUGGUGAUCGGUACUGUCCCACUGGUAGGAUACCAGGACAAUGUUCCCAAUCCUCAACAGGAUCAGAUGCCUAUGAUAACAGUUACCAAUGUUACUCAGGGCCUACCAUCUUACCCUAGCUCAACACCCUAUCCUAUCCCCAAUAAUCCAAUACCUGGAGGUAAUCCACAAUAUCCUGGAGCAAACCCACAAUAUCCUGUGGGAAAUUCAUACCCAACUUCUCAAACAUAUCCUGGGACUGUGCCUAAUUCGCCUUACCCCACUAAUCAACAAAAUACUGGAAUUAACUCUUCUUAUCCUGGGCCCAUUCUGUCUUCUCCAGGGGCAAUGUCAUCCAUCAAUAACACAUCCAAUCCUAGCAUGAAUCCUCCAUAUCCUAAUGUAACUCCAUAUCCAACUGAGCGGUCUCCAUUUUUAUCAAACACUCCUUUUGCACCUACAACUCCAGUUCACCCCCCCUAUCCUGUUCAAAGUUCCCCUUAUCCCAGUAAUAUGCAACACACAAGUCCCUAUCCAGUUAGUUCUACUCCGGAACAUCCUCCUUACCCGACUACAAAUACACCAAGUUCAUUCCCCAAUAAUCCAGCUUCUCCCUAUCCACCGCAAGCCAGUCCCAACAUGGGCACAGGAUUAAAAGCAGGAACAAUUGGAUUUAUAUCACCUUUGGCUUCUCAAGGGCCAGUAUCUCCGGCAGCACCCAACCCGUACCAGUCAGCUAGCGCCCCGCCAGAUUCACCUGAUAAGUAGAUAAAAUCAGUAACCGAAUUAUUUACUACUAUUUGUGUGCGAUAACUUACCGCUGCGUAAUUACUAUGCAAGAGAGAUUACGUGAAUAUUUCUAUGUAGCUUUUUACUUUUUAGAUAAGUUUAUAAUAAACUAUUAUUAUUGUGUAAGAAAUAACUGUAUCCAAACCUAAUCGAAAAAAAAAUUACAGAGACAAUUAAAUCCAAAAAACUAUAUACCUUUUAACCAGUUACGAAAAGUCUGAUUCCGCAAAUAUUUUAUUACAUGCCAUAGCAGUCAGUAAAUAUACUUCUUACCUACCAGAUAACAAUAACUCGUUAUACACUUAUUGAUUACGUAGUUGUAUCUGACUCAAUAAUUCAAGUUCGCUACUAUUUAUAAAAUAUUUUUAUACCCGAAAGGAUUAUUCUCGAAUGAUAUCGAAGAGUGUCACAAUAAAAUAAAGAACAAUCAAGUUGUUUACAAAACAGUACUUACUAUAAAAAUAUUGAGUAUAUUUUCAUAGUAUGUGGAAUUUAUUACGUAAAUGUAUUAUUAAAAUAUUCGUUAUUUAAUACAAAUUAAAACAGGGGAAUAUACAAUUUAAAAAAAGUCUCAAUUAAUAAAUUUUUGACAUUGUUAAAUGUCAAAUACACAAUAAAUAGUAUUAUCAUGUUUUUAUUACAGUAUAUUACAGAUGUUUAUCGUUUAUAACAUUUUUAAACUAUUUAUUCUUAGCUAUAGUGCUUUGAAGUCAGGUGCCAUUUAUGCGUAUUUUAAUAUUUUACUAGGUUACUUAUUCUCAUUGGAUUUUAUGCAUGUUUUUAUAAUGCCAGUAUAUUAAUGUUAUUAGGUCCAUAAGAUAGAUUGUAUACAUGUAUUUUAAAAAGCACAAAUAUAGUUACUCUAUAGAGAAUGUAUUUGUUGUAAACGGGUUAAAUAUUUUGGAGAAUAACUUUGAAACCCCAUGGACCAAGUCUCUCUAAAACACUGGUAAAAGUCACAAAUAGAUUCCGCUUUUCAACCGUUAAUGUACAGUAAACCCCUCACUUUUGUCCUUAUAACACGCACAUAUUAAUGUAAUAUAUGGAUUUUAUCAAAAAAAUACCUAUUUAUAUUGAUUGAUACAUGAAUUUUUGUAGGAACCACCGGUCUUUACGUGCCACGAAGUAUUUUUCUAUGUAGAUGAAUUAGUUAUAUGAACGUUAUAUAAGUGAAAUUGCUAGAAACUGUCAUAACCAUAAUGUUAACACCAGCAACAGACAUAAACUUAUAAUGCCUAUUACUCGGCAAGUUUUUUGUGGGGCAAUGUAUGUGCUUUUACAACAAGAUCCCAGACAAUGUUCAAAACAAAUGUAUUACGAAAUUCAAAGGAAUUGUUAAAAAACUUAAUGAUAUCACAGAUUGGGAUUGAAGCGACCCCCUGAGGCUUUAAAUUAUAAAUCAUUUGUGCGAUAAUAAUGUAACAAUUUUUUAUGAAAAAAAAAAGAAGCUCCCUGUGUUUGUUGCUUCCGUUCUUAUCAGGUCUGAGGCAUACUUUUUUGAAUGAAUAGUAGUUUUUGACUUUCAAUAAGUGAUAUCUAUUUUGACUAAAAAUAUUGAAUUUGAACUAUAUAAUAGUUAAAAUUUAUAGAUUCUUAUACUUACUUACUCUUUUCACUAAUAAACAUAAAGGAAAAUGACUGAUUAUCAACAUUUUGUACUUUAUUAUAUAAUUAUAUAUUUUUCAAUUUUAAUAUUUUUUUACAUUUUUGAACACUUACUUAAAUGAUGGUGCCAUUGAAAUAAAAUACAGAAGAAUUGUUAUUCAAUGUUUGUAAUAUGGAUUAAAAUAUUUAUACUAGUCCUAAGUACAUUUUGGUUCGGUAAUUAAUUGAAGACUAUUCUAAAUAAUUGUAAAGACUAGUCAAUGUACAAGUCACUGGCUGAUAAUUAUUACACACAGAUUAUAGUGUGUUGUGACUUAUAUUCACAAUAGUAUUGAGACAAUAGACUUAUACUAGCGUAUAGACUACAUGAUAAUGCGUGGCCAAUUUUGAUUUGUCAAUGUGUGUGUUAGCUAGUUGCAUAAUAUUCAAAAUACUCAGGAGCUGAUGUCAAGUGUAUCUGUCUCUUUACUUGUCAAUCAAUAGUUAUUUAUGCAACUGUUGUGUAAUAAGGGGUAUUAAAACACGAGUGUGGAUUUAUCUCACGAGGCCAAGCCGAGUGUGAUAAUAGUAUCACAUGAGUGUUUUAAUACCUAAUUAUCAACAGUUGCAUACAAGACUUUAUCUACACCCAUAAUAUGAAUCCUCUAUAAAAGAUACUGAAACUGUUAGCUAGUAGUAACCUAAUAUCAUCCAUUACUGAUUAUAUACAAAUAAACUAAGUAUUAAUGAAAGAAUUAUUUAUUUUAGUAGUAAUUUACAUUUUGUAUAGUGCAAUAAUUAAAAUUCACUUGAAUAUUAUGUUCUUUUGCAGCGUUUAAAAUGAAUCGCUCAUUUUUUGUAAACAAAACAAUAAAAAUAUCGAAGAAAAAUGGCGGGGAUUCGAAUAACCUACUUUUAUUUACGGCGCGCGGCGUUCUGGUAGUGUGGAACGCGCGUAAACGAAAAUGUUCUUUUUUUUUGAAAUUCAUACAGAGACCACGCAUCGAGCAAUAAGAAUGUGGUUGUCUGAUAAAAACUCUUUGAGCAUGAAGGGAUUGAAAAAAAAAUAGGAGUGUUGUUAUGAUAUUCAGUACAACAUUACAACACUCGUUUGGAUGAUGUAAUGGUUAUUAGAACAUUGGGUGUUUUAAUGUUGGCAAGAAGCUAACUCUUUCAGAAUCUUUAAUAGAGGAUUUAAAGCAUGGGUGUAGAUAAAUCAGUUACAGUUACAAUAGAUUGGCUAACCUAUGCUAUCUCGCAGAAUAUCUAUUUCUAUACAUAUUAUAUUGACAACUUUUUUGUGUUUGAAGUUAUCAUGUGAUAUUUGAAGUGAAACUUCUUUAGGCGCGGUGAACCGACACCAGGUUGAGUCAUAAACAAGUUAACAUCAAGGACGUGUAAAAGAAUAAAGACUCCGCGCCGUGUUAUCAACCUUUAUGCUAGUGUGUGUGCAGUUACGGGGGAUACCAGAUAACAGAAAUUAUGUCCCGUUAUUAGUCAUAGUAAUAUAUAGCCACAUUAUUUUUAACUCCGAUUUUUUUAUUUCUGUUAGAUUGUUUUCUUAAAUAAAAAGAUAUAUCGCUGGCAUAGUAUGAGUAAAUAAAUAAAUUACAUAAAAAAACAACAAAUAACACCUUGAAAGUAAGGAUUGGGGGUUUGAUUUCUGUGCCCAUGUCGUGUUUGUAGUAUCUUUGUUUUAACUGAUAUAAAAAUAACGUACAUAUUUUACGUAACAUUUCUUAUUUUAAUUCUUAAAUACAUUACAUAUACAAAAUUCAUUCUUAAAUUCGUUUGUUUGUCACUGACGUGGUUUCAAAUAAGUAAAUUUUUAGAAAACAAAUAACUAUGUGCUUUAUAUUAUGAUUUGGUUGUUAAUUAAAUACACAAGUGAUGGAAAUUUUGACAGAGUACCGGAUCCCCCACCAUUCCAGUAGCUCUGCAUUGCAUGCGAUUUAAUGUUUAGAACUGAUACUGGGAUGUACUAGUUCAAUGAUGAGAGCGAUACUCGUAUUAGUGUUCCACACUACUUUAAAAAAAUGUUGGUAAAGACAGACUUGUUAUCAUAAAUCAUUGCAUCUUAAAACACAUAAUGAUUUAUGUACUUAGAAUACCAUUUAAUGGAUUACCCUAUUUUUCGGGUAAAGUCCCCGCUUAUUUUCCGGUCACACCGGAUGUUAUUUUCACGCGUAGCGGAGGUUUUGUGUCCCAAAAAUCUAAUUAUUUUGGAUUAUGAUAAGACCAUAAAAUAGUGUGAUAAAAACUAAAUUCUAUAUGUGAAAGGUAAUUCCAGGCAGCAUUUUAAAAUAAUUUAUUGCGACAUAAACUGAUCCGUCACAGACGAUGGCGGAAGUCAUAAUGGCGGUUGAUCGGCUUACUUUAGUGUGUGUGCGUGGGGCUGUGGAUUUACACGUUAACUGGCUUGUUUUGAUGCUUCACAGUUAUGUUAGAGGUGACACGGAGUCCUUAUUUUUUACUCGUCCGUGGUUAACAUUAAUAUAUUAGCUAAAGCUAUGAGCUUGCAGCGUUCCUUUUGGUUAGCAAUCAAAUAAUUUAAUUAUUAAUUAUAAAGUAGUAGUUUAAUAUAAUAUGUAAACUAUUGUUUUUUUAGUGUUUUACAUUUCUAUCAGCGUGUCCCUAUGACAGUCCGUUUUUUUGUUAAAAGCUUUUUAAUAACUUGAAGGAAGGAUUUGAUUUAGUACUUCGUUUGAAAUAUAACUUUUUAACAAUUGUUCCACCAUAAGUGUGUAUCAACUGAGGUAUCUUUUUGUAUUAUUUCCACCAGAUCGGACAGCUGUUCUAGCCGUUUUAGGAAAUCUAUUGUGAUAAAUCCUUAUACUUUAACGAUAUAAUGAAUACUUAUUGCUUAAUAUUAUACCUAGUUGUAAUUUGAAAGUACCGUCAAACGGAUAAUUAUUUUAAGUACCCUGGGUAUGCAAACAUCAUCUAAUUUUGAGAUUUUUUUUUUGUUAUUUUAUUCCAUACUGUUAAUAUUUAAAUUAUAUUUGCUUCUUUUAUGUAUCCUUAUAAGUUUAAUUUGUUUAAUAUUAAUCUCACGGCUUUGCUUUUGUUGGUCAAAUGUAGCUCCUUAUGCCGGCUCCAUAUGCGCGACGUAAAAGCCCGGGAUAGCCGCGAACUGUGAGUAAAUUUUCACGGCUUUAUGUCUUGAAUAAAGUAUUUCAUUGGUUAGAUAGUUCACACAAUCCGAGGAGAGGUGUGUAGAGCCGGCUUAUUUUUAAAACCAACAUGCUGCUAAGUUUUACAUAAUUGAAUAAAAAUGUUAUUAGUAUUUUAUAAGGUUACCUAUUCAUAAUUUUAUAUUUUGCAUAAUAAAUGAUAUAAUUUU